GUUCGACGUCAUUGUUGCACCUACCAGGAAAGAUCUGGGACAACCAAUCUCAUAACAAACUCAAGACCGCAACAUCUCAACAUCACAGCAUCACAGCGUCACAUUCUAUGCCACAGCUGUACACCUCUUUGCGGUGGAUGCUUGUUGUCAAGCCAAAAGCUCUCUGCUAGUGCUUCUUGUUAUCGUUAUCUUCAUCUUCACCAUCAACCCCGCCUUUAAGGAGCUUUCCAGGUAAACAACGCUCUACCAGGACUUCUCUCAAGGUGUCUCGCCGCGAUAUUUACAUCCUCCUUGCUCUCUGCAUAGGCCUAAUUUCAGAUCUCUACGGAACCGUUUUCCAUCAGAUCCAUCUAAGCCGACAAAUUUCUUCCCUCACUGACGACGUCUUCUCCUACUUUCAACGAGCAGAACCGUUCGCAAUCAUAAAUCACGCUACUACGAACCACUUAAUCAAAAGAUAUAUCAAUAUGGCCUGGCAGAGUUCGGGAAAGUCAAAUUCCCAGUUGAUCAAUAACCUGUUUAAGAAUGGUCUUAUUAAGCAUGAGAGGGUAAAGAAUGCAAUGCUUGCUGUCGACCGCGCCAACUACUGUCCUUCGAACCCAUAUGAGGACUCCCCACAAGCAAUCGGUCACGCAGCCACAAUCUCCGCUCCACACAUGCACGUGCACGCUUGCGAGUUACUCCUCCCUUAUCUGAACCCAGAUUCUCGCGUGCUAGACAUCGGUUCGGGAUCAGGUUAUCUAACCCAUGUCUUCUCCAACCUCAUCACAGACAAUGGCCUUACCUCGUCCAAGGGCACUGUCAUCGGCAUCGAUCACAUCAAAAGCCUAGUCGACAUGUGCAAUACCAACAUGGCCAAAUCUGACUCGGGCCGCCAGCUGCUCGAAUCUGGCAAAGCUCGUUUCGUCCUUGGUGAUGGAAGGCUAGGAUAUCCAGAGGGCGGGCCAUAUGAUGCCAUCCAUGUCGGUGCGGCAGCAGAGUUGAUGCAUCCCACCCUGAUUGAGCAGCUGCGAGCGCCUGGCCGCAUGUUUAUUCCUGUCGAGGCUGGUGGAGAAAAUGGAGUGAGGUCAUUUGGCCUGGGAGGCACUCAGCAUGUGUGGGUCGUGGAUAAGAAGGAAGAUGGGACUGUGGUAAAGGAGAAGAUAUUUGGAGUUAGUUAUGUGCCAUUGACGGAUGCGCCAAAGGAGAGGGUGUGAUGGUUGCUUGCGAUGUGAGAGAUGGAUAAUUCAGUUUCAAGUUUCGCCCUUAGGCUCUGCUUUUUCUGUGGGUUCUCUUUCUUCUUUCAUUCAUUUCGUAUUAUUAAUCCAAAUUGAAGGUGAUGGGCAAUUGUUUCAUUUUCCGUUGUUUUUCUUGCUAUUGUUUGCUACUCCCAGGACGAAGGUGUGGAAAAGGGAAACCCAGCGCAUGUACUUGGGAUUUGGCUGGCCCAGAGCGAGAACGAGUUAGUUAGCCUGCAAAAAUUUGCUUCGUGUACGAUGUAUUAAUAACAAUAAAUAAUAAUUACCUAGCUUUUCAACACAAGAAAACCUUGAUUUCCAAACGUUCAUUUCUUCAUUUCCGAGAAGUCGACCGAAUCCAACGUUUUCACUCACAAUGAGGAACACAAUGAGAAAAGGGGCUGUUGGACCAGUAGAGCUCCAAAGGGAAAUUGUCAUAAAUCUACGUUACGCAGGCAGCUGUAAUUCAGAGCCAUACCCUUGUAUUUUGUCUGCUGUAGUUUGUAGUUUGACAAAACGCCCUUCCCUAAUUCCAAGGAAAGGAAAUUAAAAAAACAAAAACAAUCUAUAUCCUAUACAGUACGUCAUGUUAAGACGAGAAA